UUGUCCCAUUAUGAAUGCGUUUCAGAUGCUGAGGAUGUGCCGCCUCCCGUUCCACCUCCUGGUGGAGGACUUUUAUCUUCCGAGCAAUUCACUAGUACGGGAGGAGCACCCGGGGCUGGUGGGACCGGUGGUACACAAAACGGUCCAGCCGCUUCCUCUGGGUCACGAAAAUCAAAACGAUUGACUUACGCCUCAAGUAGACGCUACUCGACAACGGCCGGACACGGACUGCCUCUCGGCACAUUUGCUGGUGCAUUCGGGGGUUGCGGACCGGGACUUAGCCUUCAACUGCCCCAACUAGAUGGCAUUCAACGCACACAAAAGAUAUUGGAUAUGAGAUUGCAAAAUCUUCAGGCUCAAUCUGAUCAGCUCAAUUACGCAUCCGGUAAUGCGAGGAUCAAAGAAGAAAUUAUGCACGUGAGGCAAUUAAUUGGCGAAAACCAGAAGGCCUUAUCCAGCAUUGUGAAAGCUGUCUCGCAAAUGCAAGAACAGGUGGCCAUGCUGAACUCAAAUAUGGAACAAUGGAUUCUAGCUCAAGCUAGUGGACGGGAAAUUCGUACUGUGAUUGUGGAGGAGCGCAGUUCUUCGGCCAAAUCCCGUCGUAAGGAGCGUCGCGAACGAGAGAGAGAUCGCGAGCGCGAAUCCCUCGUGCGAGAGGUUUGA